UGGCGGCAGAUUCUCCGUAUUGUGCUACAAGUGUGGCAAGCCUGGUCACUUUAGCCGGGAUUGUGAGGAGGCCGAGGGGCUCUGCUACAACUGCGGACAGCCCGGUCAUGUUGCGCAGGAGAGUGCCCGGAGCCGCGCAAGCCGCGUGCCGAGUCGCGCGAGCCACGUAAGUGCUUCACGUGCGGCAAGCUUGGCCACUACGCGCGCAACUGCCCGGAGAAGGAGGGCGACGAGCCGGCGGAGCGUGCACCAAUCAGCCAGCGCGUGGGCGGCGCAGUGCGGGCCAAGAAGACCGUGAUCUGCCAUGUCUGCAAGGGGCCGAACCACUACGCCAAGGACUGCACGCUGGAUCCGAAGCGCUGCUACACCUGCAAUGGCGUCGGCCAUCUGGCCAGGGAUUGCCCGCAGGGGCGUGAGCCGCGGGCUGCGUUCUCGGACCGCAGGUGCUACAACUGCCAGCAGUCGGGCCAUCUGGCCAGGGACUGCCCCGAGCCGUAUGAUGGCGACCGGCGCGUCGGCGACCGCAAGUGCUUCCGCUGCGGAGAGCCCGGCCACUUUGCCAGGGAGUGCCCGAACUCGGACGAGGAGUAGGCGGGGUGCGUGGCUAUUUGCUGGGCGCCUUUUUAAUCCAUGUUUAGCCGAUAAUAUAUGGAUCAAGUGAGAAUCACUCGGCAGUGCCGCUUACCUGGCUCGGCGGC